AUGAAAGUCAAGCAAAAGACAAAAAAGACGAAGAAAACUCAGAAGAAAAAGUCGACUUCAAAGCAAAGCACAGUUGAAGUUACUGAUACUGAAUACUACACAGUCGAAAGUGUAGUUGGUAGUAAACUCGAAGGUCGAGAAGUUUGGUACUCCAUCAAAUGGGAGAAUUACAGAGACAGAACAUGGGAACCCGAUUACCGCCUGUACUGCCAGAAAAAGCUCGUCGCAUUCGCUAAAACUGAAGUAAACACUGACAAAUAUGCACUUAACCUUCAGGAAAAUCUGGAAAACCUAAACGAAAGUUGCGCUGAAAAUUGGAAUUCUUUCAAAAGUGUUUAUGAUCCGUUGGCGAUUGUCGGACAGUCUACUGUUUUAGGAGGAUCUGUGAAGUUUGUUAACUUGGACACAGUUGGAAGCAAAAUUUUGUUUUUGAAUUACAUUCAUCAGCACAAUCAACACCACGUGCUGCACUCAUUGAAAUUUCCGAAAUUCGAAAUUCUCGACACAAGUUUCGAGGAAUAUAGAAAACAAUUGAAUUACCUCAGUCGGGCGUUCGAUGAAUAUCCACAUGUUUCAAUGCAUUUUCCGCCUCAAGCCUGCACGACAUUCUAUUCUCCACCUCCGCUGACAAGUCUAUUGUUCGAACCGAUCACCGAGGAAAUGUUGGAUAAUCGGGAUACGUUUCCCUAUCAUUUACCACCAAAAUCCGACAAAAUAACAUUCAAUAAUGUAAAAGUAUUAGUCGAUACCGCUUUCAUCGAAUCAGAUGUUCGUGCACAAGAAGAAUUUGAAGGAAUGCAACGUAAACAUUAUGGAAUGAAUUCAAGAUUCGGAAACUCUUUAGAAAUCCGGCAGGAGGAGGGAGUCGGAUGGAAAUUGACUGUUGGUCACGCCGUCGACGCCGAUUCUCCCUUGAUGAUGUUGACUGGAGUGAUUCGUCAUCGUUCGGUUGCACUCGAAUCUUUGCGAUCAGAAGGCGAGGAAGUUGCGUUCAGCUCAUUCAUCGAAAUCCCGGGAACCGAUUAUUGUCUCGAUCGACGAGAGUUUUACGAUUUCUCAAAGUAUAUUCCUCACAGUUGCAACCCAACUUGUUCCAUUCGUCUCGUCGAAUCCGGAAACGAAAUUCCAGAUCUCGUUUUGUAUUCUCGUGUUCGAAUCCAGGAUUCCAACCCGAAGACGAUAAGUUUGGAUUAUUUCGGCGGAUUCGUGGAGGAUGUUGAUAAAUACUUUGCUCGCAAAAAAGCUCCCGAUGGCAGAGUCUUCAAACUCUACGAUGAACGCAUCGAUUUUGUUCACUGUCAUUGUUCCAAUGAAUGUCGUGGAGUACUCUACAUUGACAAAUCGAAUCAUCCGAAGGAGGAGAAAGCCACAAAAAAGGAUAAAUUAUCGACUCUCGACAGCAAUUUCGACUUUGGAGGAAUGAGACUUGUCGAAUCGGAUAAAAUUUGGAAAAUUCGAAACAGACAAUUCAUCGAAUAA